AUGACUGCCCAGGCCAAGGGGCUCGAGCACUGGAACAACCAAGGUCUGGCCAGAGCUUCUGCUCCCGCCGGUGUGGCUCUGCAGUGGGACUUGAAUCCCUCCUGCCCGUCUGUCGAACCUUGGAGUGCACCCUGGGUGACCCUGCUACCUGGAACAAUGCGGCUGGUCUGCAUGUUCUCGUCCAUCUUGCUGUUUGGAGCUGCAGGCCUCCUCCUCUUCAUCAGCCUACAGGACCCCACAGAGCUCGACCCCCAACAGGUGCCAGGAAUAAAGUUCAACAUCAGGCCACAGCAGCCCCACAAGGACCUCCAACCAGAUGGUUCCCAGGAUGGCGUCGUGAAGGUACCCACAGAUAGAGUCACACGGGAUUUGUCCAGCCGGGCCCCGAGGGACCUCAAACUGCACGUGCCUGACCAGCCUCGAUUCCAUCCAAAGACUGGGACCCGUUUACGACUCCGUCAGCGACGGCGGCGGCUGCUCAUCAAAAAGAUGCCCUCUGCAGUGGCCGUCGUGGCCAACGGCUCGUCCGAGACCUUUGUCCCCCCACCCCAGACCCAGGACAGCCACUGGGACAGCCUGCAGCAGAGUCAGCAGGAGCGCAAGCGGGUGAUGCGGGAGGCCUGGGAGGACCGCCACCGCGUGCUCUACUGCGAGGUGCCCAAGGCGGGCUGCUCCAACUGGAAGCGGGUGCUCAUGGUGCUGGCCGGGCUGGCGUCGUCCACGGCGGACAUACAGCACAACACGGUCCACUACGGCAGCGCCCUCAAGCGGCUGGACACCUUCGACCGCCAGGGCAUCCUGCACCGCCUGGGCACCUACACCAAGAUGCUCUUCGUGCGCGAGCCCUUCGAGAGGCUGGUCUCGGCUUUCCGUGACAAGUUCGAGCACCCGAACAGCUACUACCACCCCGUCUUUGGUAAGGCCAUCCUGGCCCGGUACCGGGCGAACGCCUCGCGGGAGGCGCUGCGGACGGGCUCCGGCGUGCGCUUCCCCGAGUUCGUCCAGUACCUGCUGGACGUGCACCGGCCCGUGGGCAUGGACAUCCACUGGGACCACGUCAGCCGGCUGUGCAGCCCCUGCCUCAUCGACUAUGACUUUGUGGGCAAGUUCGAGAGCGUGGAGGACGACGCCAACUUCUUCCUGAGCCUCAUCCGAGCGCCGCGCAACCUGACCUUCCCGCGAUUCAAGGACCGGCACUCACAGGAGGCGCGUACGACCUCGAGGAUCACCCACCAGUACUUCGCGCAGCUCUCGGCCCUGCAGCGGCAACGCACCUACGACUUCUACUACAUGGACUACCUGAUGUUCAACUACUCCAAGCCCUUCGCAGACCUGUACUGAGCGAGGGGCGGGGCUUGCUGGGGAGGACGCCCCGCCCCACCCCGCCCCGCGCGCCUGCGCAGGACCAUCUUUCCCGCUAGUGCUGCAGCCCAGAGCCGUAGCUGGCUCUGGGAGGGGAACAGGGACCUUGGAUGGGGACCCCGGCCUUGUCCCAUACCCACUUCCUCAUUCCUUGGCCGAGGGAGGUAUGAGGACUCCGUUGCCCCGGGAGCUCGGCUAAGAGCUGCGAUGACCAGGGAAGCCUGAGGCCCCAGGGACAAGGGCCCCAGCUGUCAGGGAGGUCGUGCAGUCCCUUAGCCUUUGCCUUGUACAAACCACGCGGUUUGCAGUUUUUCUAUGACGUUGGGGAGGUUCUGAAUAAAGCACUUGGUUU